AUUAUGCGAAAACUACAAUUUUUUAUAAUGUAACUACAACUUUUUAGAUUAUUUCUACGUAAUUUUCAUAUCAAACUACGAUUUGGUCCAUGUUUGUAGUUUUUCAUAAAUUUAUAUAAAAAGUUGUUAUUUUCUAUAACUACACACACACACACACACACACACAUUAUAGAGUUUAAUUAUAAUCUACAACUUCUACAACUUACUACAUCGCUCGUGAAAAUUUUCGUAGAGUUGUAAAAACUUAUAAAUACUUGAGGACAACUAUAUUAAGGUUAUACAAAAGAAGAUUUAAAUCUACACAAUAAUUAUAUAAAGUUACUUGUCCUAAUUACAUCAGGAUAAUCAUAUACACACUGGAAAAAUUGACGCUUGUAACAAUAAGUAUUGAAUCAAAUAUUCAGAAAAAAAUCAUGACCCGUAAAUGUGCAUUGUGUAAAGAAAGCAAUUAUAAAAGGAACAAUUAUAGUUUCUUCUCAGCUCCUAAAGAUGCAGAAACACGCAGGAAAUGGCAAAAUGCUCUUGCCAUUAAAAAUUAUACUGUCACAGAUGACACAUAUAUAUGUAGCAGACAUUUUCACAAGAAUGAUAUUAUUACACAUUGGAUCAGUGGAGUACCACCGCAAGUAAUAAAGAUUAAAUACAAGAAAUGUCGAUUGCGUCCAGGAGCUGUACCAAGUAGAAAUUUCCACUCAGUUAGUAACUUGCAGUCAACAGAUAAAGAUAGCUUAAAUCAACACGAAGUAGAUAUCAAGAAUUUGACAUCUAGAGAGGAACAAGCGUCGGAAGAGAGCGAGACCUUUUUGAUACCUAGAAGAAAGAAAAGUCUGAGUGACAAUGAAGAUGCAGAAAAUGAAAAUACUAAUGUGCAUUAUCACACUUAUUCUAAAUCACAAGACUAUAUGUACAACUCGGAAGAAAAUGAUGAUUUGUAUAUCCAAUUAUCGAAAAACAUGGAUAAGGAAGACGAUGUUUCUAUGUAUGAUCCAAAAUUGAAAAAAUUAAAAUCCGAUAUAAAAGAAUCAGUUAAAACACUUAGACGUGAUAACAGUUUAAAUCCAGAUUUCGUAGAAGUAGUGACUGAAUCUAUGAAUGCAGAUAAAAAAAGGAAUCAGAUAUCUAACAAAUUAACUCGCGCGAAAAGGUUUAAUCAAACGACGGAAUGUAGUAUCGAAAGAUAUGAUUCUUCUGAAGAAGAUGGAAUAUCGGUGGAAACUUCGGAGUACGAUAUCGAGUACGAUACCGCGCAUUCUUUUUCGAAAGAGAAACCUAUAGAGGAUAACUUAAGAAUGCCUAAUGAUUUAUACAUAGAUAAUCGAGAAUUAAUUACUUUGGAUUAUGAUUGUUUAGAUAUGCAGGAUAAAGAAGCAUUUGAUGAAGUCAAUGAGAAUGAGAUAUUGUUUGAAGAUUUUCUUGAAGUAUGCACAGAAGUAUCUAUACCGCGUGGUUGGUCCUGCUUGGUAACAUCGAAAGGACAUGGCACGACAGUGGUAUAUCUUUGUAUGGGAAUAACGAAGGACGGAUUACCUUUUGUGGAGAAACAAGUUUUUAUAAGAAGCGAUAUGGUUUUACAUUGCGCUGCAGCUAAUAGAGAAAUUGAUCCGCUUAUGCACAAUCUCGUGAAAGAAAGGAAACAUAGCAAAGUGAAAAACUUACUGGAUAUAGAAAUAUUUAUCGACGAGUUUGAUCAACGAGUCAUUUGCCAAGGCUUAAACGAUCCUGAAGAUUUUGAAAAUGUCGAUAUAAUUGAAAUUGCAUACAAGGAUGGAAUCAGAUGGAGACACAUUUCUUGUCCAUUGAUUGUAAAUAACAACUCGUCGAGAUGUACAAAAUGCACUACGUUAUUACAUUUACUAAAUAAAUCUUAAAGUUUUUAUGUAUAGGGGAUCUCGGGAUAAAACAUAAGAUCAGAAUUUCUAGGCAAUAAUUAAAAUAGAAUGAAAAUUGAGGGGAGAUUCCAAAAUAACAGGGCGGUUUGGUGAUAAUUCUCCAGAAUAGCAAAUUUCUAUUAUACCCUUAGAUUUUCGUUCUUCCGAUUAUUAUACUCGUUAAUUGCAAGAGUAAUAUUCAAUAUUUUAAUAUGCUAGUUUAAUAUAAUAUUAAUCUUCAGAACUUAAAUCAAAUACAUAGCAUAUGCAGGAAUUCCAUUCCAGCUAUUUUAAUAGUAUAGAAAAAUAUCUGAUUAAUUUUUUCCCAAUAAAAAUGUUAUAUCAUUAAUAACAACUUUCUCUUAUUUUGAUAUCAAAACUUUCCAAAACAAAUUAAAAUCUGCUAAUGUAUGCUACUGUAUGAUCUCCCCUCACCAUUUACACACAAUCAAGUAAGAUAUAAAGUAUAAAAUUUUUGUGUCUUUUUAAUUUGGUAAAAUUUAAUUCAUAAAAUAUAUAAAUAUAUUGAUAUACAAGGUGAGUCUGAUAAAAAUUUCACCACAUUUUUCUCGAAAAUUUUACGUCAACUUUUUAUCAGACUCACCCUAUAUAUUGACGUCUUAAUAUUAGGAUUUCUUAAUUUAAUUAAGAAAAAUUUGCCAAUAAGGAUUUAUCCUAUAAAAGUGGAAUAUCCUGUAUAUACUUGUAUAACAGACACAUCAUACAUCAUUUCAAUACAUCAAUAUUUUUCUAUAGAUAGUAUAUUGUAUGUUUGUACUGUGUGUUUAUAUAUAUGUGCAUAUAUGCACAUGUAUGUACAUGGAACAGUAUUAAUCACAAGAAUUUAUUUUAUUAUGAAUAAUCAUACUUCUUUCAAUAUAUACGAAAUAAAUUAUAAUUAAAAGA